ACAGCACCCAAACAGCCCGAGAGCGAGCACAGCGGGAGAAGAAGCGAGGUGUUGGCGUGGUGUGAGUGGAGGAGCUGCUCGUUUAUCCGCGAUGAAGAGGAGUUAGUGUGUGUGUGUGUGUGUGUGUGUGUGUGUUGGUGCCGCGGACUGUCUGUAAUCUCCCGGCGUGGCCGCUGUCGUGUCCGUCAUGGUGUUUCUGAAUUUCGGCCGGUUUGUCCUUCAGCGCUUCCCUGACCUGAGCUCGGUCCGGCCUCUCUGUCUCUCAGCGCGGAGGAACGCGGUCGUGGUGGAGCGAUGGUGGCAGGUUCCGCUGUCGAAGGAGGGCCGUCCCCCCAGACUGUACGGACGCCGGCACAGAAUCUACCGCUUGGUGGAGGACACGAAGCACAAACCUCAGGAGAAGAUGGAGCUGCUGCUCACUCAGACGGUGCCCAAGCUCGGCGGCCGGGGGGACACGGUGUUUGUGAAAAAGUCAGUCGGCCGCAACAAGCUGCUGCCCCAGGGCCUGGCCGUGUACCCGUCUCCCGAAAACAGAGAGACGUUCACUGAAGAGAGGAGGUUACUGCGCGAAGGAAGUCAAGAGGACAGAAUCCAGACUCGGACCGGAGAGCUGACUGUUGAGUUCUUGAAGAAAGCCCAGCUUGAAGUCGGAAUGCCCACCUCCGUCCCGUACCAGCUGACCAAAGAAGUUGUUUGCCGGCACUUUCUACGAUCACUCGGCCUGGUUGUGCCAACUCAGGCUUUGACGCUGCCGGAGGAGCCGAUCACAGGACUGGGAGAUUACUGGUGUGAAGUCACGGUAAAUGGAGUGGACACAGUGCGAGUUCCGAUGUCUGUGGUGCCGUUCGUGGAGCCGAGGCAGAGGAAGCGGCUCAAGCAGGAGGAACAGCAACCCGAUCCAGAAUAAUGAUCCAGUUUAGAUUAAUCACCUCCUCAACAAAUACAGGAUGGGACUACACAGCUGUUUAUACUUUUGGAAUAACAUUAAAUGGACUUUAUCCCCCUCA